AUGUCCUCUUUCACAUACUACUCUCUGCCCGGCUUCGGGGAGCAAUGCCGCCAGCAAUACGGCUUCAGCGAUGCCUGCAUCAUUGGUGAACGCCUGAUUGUCACCGGCCAGAGUCAAGUUGCCCAGGCAUUCGAGAAUACCAAAUCUCUCAUCGAGCGGACCCUCCAACAGGCGGAGUAUGUCGUCAAGUUGCACGCCUACGUUGUUGCAUUGUCUGCGGUGCGGGACGAAGCCCGGGCAAUCAUGGUGGGACACAUCAAGAAAGCGUGCCCGAAUCACCAGGCGCUUUUCACAACGGUAGGGAUCGAGAGUUUGCCGUUUGCGGAACACCGCGUGGAGUUAGAGGUGGAUGUUUGGCUUCCUUGA